AUGACCAACGCUUCUGUCCUCCUCGCCACCCUCCUCGCUGGUGCCGCCGUCGUCUCGGCCGCGGGCCCCACCAUCAGCACCCCGGCUUCGCUCACCCAGUGCCAGCCCGUCCUGCUCACCUGGCAGGGCGCCCAGGGCAAGGCCUACGUCACCAUCCUCCCCGGCAAGCAGAUCUCGGCCGCCCCGCUCGUCAGCUUUGCCGCCCAGGAUGCUAGCACCGACAGCAUCAAGUGGGUUCCCAACGUCGCCGCCGGCACCGAGGUCACCUUUGCCAUCUCGGACGACACCGGUGUCAAGAAAUACAGCGGCACCGUCAGCGUCCUCGCCGGCACCGACACCUCGUGCCUCAACGACAACGCCUCUGCCGCCGCCAGCGGCUCCUCCGCCACCACCGGCUCCUCGUCCGGCUCUGGGUCCAGCUCGGGCUCGGGCUCGUCCUCGGGCUCCGGCUCCAGCAACAGCACCAGCAGCUCCACCAACUCGAGCUCCGGAUCCGCCUCGGCACCCAAGACCAGCUCCACCCAGUCGUCUUCCUCUUCCUCCAACCAGAAGAGCGGCGCUUCCUCCUUCCGCCCCGACACCAUGGCCAUGGUCGGCUCUGGUCUCGCUCUUGCCGCCGCCGUCGUCGCUGUUUUCGCUUAA